GCGGGCCCGUCUGCAGAAAGGUGUUUGAAUUCCAAGCCCAGCAGCCGGUGCCUGCGGGAGACGAACAAUGCUGGAAGUGCUGUAGCUGAGCCGGAGAUGGAUAGUGUCAGCAGCAACAGGAACAUGUCUUACAGUAGAUGGAGUUACAACAGUGUUCUGGAAGAUGAGGGGAGCAGCCUGCGUCAGCAGAAGCUUGACAGGCAGCGGGCACUGCUAGAGCAGAAGCAGAAAAAAAAGCGCCAGGAGCCACUAAUGGUCCAGUCCAAUGUGGACAGUCGGACGAGGACGCGCAGGACGAAGCAUUCGGAGGAACAGGCGCCGUUGGUUGAGUCGUAUCUUAACAGCAACAGCAGCACAAUAUAUCAGGCAGUGCAGGAGGCCGAACAGGAAGAUGUAAAGGUGGUAGUGGACGCCCAAGCUCCGAAACCAACUAAAAAAACCAAGGGAGCAGCUGCAAGCUGUCAGACUAGCAGCACCAGAAAGGAGAAAAAAGGGAAACACAAAGGGAUUGAUGGCCCAGCUGCUUUUCAAGAUGAUGUUCAGAAGAUAGGAAGUCAAGUGCAGAUUCUCACUGUUGGACACUCCAGCCAUGAUGAAGAUGAUGGAGAGAAAGUGGCUAGUAGUCAACAACAGCAAAGCAAACAAGAUCUUAGAACAGCAAUGCAGAAAAAAGAUCCCCAUGCAAAUCCAUCCUGGUCCUCUUCCACCUCCCAAUCCAGUCUUGUCGCCCUGGAUCAUGUUCCUGGCAUAUCAAGUAGCAUGAAUUUUGAUGAGGAAGAAGAUGAGGAAGAUGAAGACAGCUCCAGUUCUUCACAGUUAAACAGUAACACCCGGCCUGGUUCUGCCACAAGCAAGAAAUCCAACAAGGAAGCGGCCUCAGCCCCCAGUCCUUCCACAAAUGAGCCUCUCAUAGACGUCGAUGACCUGGAGGAAUUUGCCAUAAGACCUGCUCCACAGGGUGUCACUGUCAAAUGCAGAAUAACAAGAGACAAGAAGGGAAUGGAUCGAGGGAUGUACCCUACUUAUUACCUCCACUUGGAAAGGGAGCAUGGUAAAAAGGUCUUUCUGUUAGCUGGACGGAAACGAAAGAAGAGUAAAACCUCUAAUUACCUCAUCUCUAUAGACCCAACUGACCUGUCUCGGGGUGGAGAGAGUUUUAUUGGAAAACUGAGAUCAAAUCUUAUGGGAACUAAGUUUACAGUUUAUGACAAUGGAGUAAAUCCAAUGAAAACAACAUCAAGCCUGGAGGCGAGUACCCUGCGUCAGGAGCUAGCUGCUAUUUGUUAUGAAACAAAUGUCUUGGGGUUUAAAGGACCUCGCAAAAUGAGUGUGAUCAUACCAGGAAUGAAUAUGGACCAUGAAAGAGUUUCCAUCAGGCCACGAAAUGAACAUGAGACACUUCUUGCAAGAUGGCAGAACAAAAACACAGAGAGUGUCAUUGAGCUGCAUAACAAAACGCCAGUCUGGAAUGAUGACACCCAGUCCUAUGUUUUAAAUUUCCAUGGUCGAGUCACACUGGCCUCGGUGAAAAACUUCCAAAUUAUUCAUGACAAUGAUCCUGACUAUAUAGUGAUGCAGUUUGGCCGCGUGGCUGAGGAUGUGUUCACCAUGGACUACAACUACCCAAUGUGUGCACUUCAAGCCUUUGCAAUUGCCCUUUCCAGUUUUGACAGCAAACUGGCUUGAUGACAGCCCCUCUUAGCAUUCAUGCAAGCAGCCACCAUAUCAGAAAAACACACACAACGGGUUUAUUACGGACGGGUUUAUCACUAAGAGUGCAACUCUUACGUGCUUACUGUCACCCUGCCCUGUAACAGUGCAUGUUUUUCCCUGUGUGCUGUUUCCUACCUUGUGUGUCUGUCACCAGUCAGAGGACACGGCUGCAAAGACGUGCAUGGAAGCUUAGCAAAGAAAAUGCUGAACCGAAGCCAUUAAAAUACAGUUCUCCCAAUACUGAAGAAAGAGCUCCUCCUGAAGGCAAAAAUUGGGACCUGUGGUUCUUUAAGUUAUUUGAAGUUUCCGUGUGUUUGCAUUGCAUAUAAGAAGAUAACACCUUUUUAUUAUACUUGCACUAUUUUGAGCCCUAAGCCCAGAAAAAGGCAUCACAGAAUCCAAGGAACGCAGUUACAGAGAAGCAAACCAAAGUGCAAACAAGCUCCAUUUACAGAUGUGGAGGAACUCCAGCGUGCAGACGAGGCAAUAGGAUGUGCUGGGGAAUGACAGUAGGGUGAUUUUUUUGCUGGAGAAUUGGCCACACCGCUUGGCAUCACUUAGAGUGAGUCACAGAUUUCAGUGUUGGUUGAUACACUAUGAUGGUCACUGCCUGUGCUGUGUUAUGUUGGUAAGAACUCUGCCCAUACCACGUGUUUCUCUCCUGAACAGCCUGAUUUAUGUGCAUAUCUCUUCAUGAUGACACUUCCACCCAUUUAUUUCUAUUUCAGGCCUAAUCCCAAGCCUGCUGGUGUAACUGAAUGUUUCUUUCUAACUUCUCUUGUGUCUCCAUAAUGCCACAUUUCCGUGUCUGUCCCACAGUCCCGAUGUCUUCUUGUCUGUCUUUGUUUCAGAGCAGGCUUAGAUGGAUUGCAAAAAUUGGGCAUUACUGGCAUGAAUACUUCAGAAAGUUGGAUUUGGAAAGGAGGCCAAAAGUUGGCUCUUACACACAUCCCAUGAAGAUUUGUUGACACUCAAAGGGGGAUCUAGAAUGUCUAUUGGUGAAAAAGCUGACCUUUUCCAUUAGAACAUGCUGUCAAAUUCUGUGAUGUCACUACUGCAGCUAAACAGGGCAUUUAGAAGAACAAAACACUGCCCAUGACUUAGGGGAUAAAAUAGUGGAUAACUGAACCUGCACAAGAAUUAGCAAAUCACAGAGGGAGUUUCUCUAAGAAACAAGGUCUGUAAGAAACAAACCUUUUAUGGUGGCUUACUGAAAAACACAUAUGAAAAAGACAAAUAUUGGGGGUUUAUUAAUUUUAUUAGUAGUAUCUUAAAAGUAUAAAAAUCUUUUCUUGUGAUUGAAACUAACAGUUUAUUUCAAAUUAAAAUCCUGUGCUUGGGGACAGGAAAAUCAGAUCAUCUGGUAGUUAUAAACCAUAAAGGGGGGCAUACAUACGUGUCCAGUACCGCUGGAUUCUCAGUAUUAGGGGUGGGCUGGGCUUGAUUUAUGACUUUCCCAAUGUGUUCCAGAGGUAGAUGUGCAAAUAUUUGUUCUGCACACACUCACACAUAUAAAUAUGGAUAUAGUCUUGAAAAAACUUCUUUGGUGGUAUUACUCAGUCUCCUUUCCCUCUGUUCACAGUGACAUAUAAACCAUUAUAUUAAUUUGCCUUGACGUUAAUGAUUUCAAAGUCUCUCUAAAAGAGUCAGAUAUUUGAAACUUCUUCUAUAACAAUUUUGAACAAGUGAUUUUUUUUUUUCUUUUGAAAAGAUUAGAAAAAGUUCUCUCUCGUGCUUUCAUUUAAGUGUCUGUACCUAUUACAGAGAGCCAUCUGCUCUUCCUUUGAGGUGGCUUUUCAGUGGGAUUGAUCUGUGCAGUGAGCCAAUUUCUACCCUGUGAUUACAAGACUGGGGCUUUUGUUUCUCCUUUUUGAACAAUUUCUUAUAUUCGACGGCAAGAAACAAGGGGAAAAGUGUCUGUGCAGGAUGUUUUGUAACUCGUUGCACCUUUGGGAAAUAUCUCAGAAACUAAGUAGUUUUGAGGUGGUUCAUUUCUGAGAGUUCCUAGUAGACACGGAGCUGGUUUUGUACUUUCCAACAUCAUCUUCAUCCAACUAAUGACAGUCUGAAAGAUCCAGUGUUUGGGAGCAGCUGAAGAAAUACCGAUUUUAGAAUGUGUUGUGUCUAUGUCUGCCUGUAAAGAAAAAUAACCUUUGUUUCUGACAUGUUUACUUAAAUUUCAAGAAGUACAAAAUGUGCUACAUGAAUGUUUCUAUCCCCAGAAAAUGAAAAAGCAGUUUAAUUGGGGGGGGGUGGGGUAUUUUUUUUUUAUUCCCACAGUAAACAUUUUCUUAUUCAUCUCUUUGCCUUUCUUAAAUAAACCAAUGAUAUACAGUAGAAUUUGGAUAUGUUAAAGUCUAGAUUUCCUUUAUAUUCUAUGCGGUUUAAAGAGUGGAAUAUAUCAAAAUUGACAAAAAAUGACUUAAUUGUGAGAACUAAUAUUUAACCAGACAUGUUUUGUCAUAGUGGCUGUAACACAUUAUGCUUGUUUGCACACAAGACUGUCUUGGCCUGUUUCAACUAUUCAGACAUCUCCUUUUUGUUCAGACCUAUAGAGACUUUUAGAUAAACCUGCAAGAAUGUGCUUUUACAAAUUAAAUUUUUUAAAGAAACUCUUUGUUAUUCUGGAGUAAAUGUAUUUAUUUACCAGUA